AUGGAGAACUUGCAUCGUGUUCUGCAAAGAUUACCAGAGAGCGGGCUUAAACUCAAGCGUGAGAAAUUCUAUUUCAUGCUCGGGGAAGUUAUUUAUUUGGGAAUGUCAAUCUCGGAAGCCGGAAUUUCACCAACAAAGGAGAAAGUGCAAGCCAUCAAAGAUGCCGCCCCUCCGGCAAAUGUUUCUGAGUUACAAUCUUUUAUUGGUACAGCAAAUUUCCUGCGUAAGUUUGUGCGAGGGUUUGCAGGAAUUAUGACACCUUUGUACAAAUUACUUCGGAAAAGAACUCCAUGGAAAUGGAGUAAAACUGAAUAGGAACCAUUUACAACUAUCAAGUCGGCAUUGUGUUCGGAUUCUGUAUUAAGACAUUACGACCAAGCUGCUGAGCUGGUACUCCAGUGUGAUGCAUCUUCUAUAGGAGUUGGAGCUGUACUGCUCCAGCCGGGACACGAUGGCUCAUUACAACCAGUAGCAUUCGCGUCUAGAACUCUUAAUACAGCAGAGAAAAAUUACGCUCAAAUUGAACGUGAAUCGUUAGCAAUUGUAUUUGGAGUUACAAAAUUCCGCCAGUAUUUACUUGGCAGACAUUUUAAACUCCUAACAGAUCAUAAACCGUUGAUAACCUUACUGGGGGAACAUAAGUCAGUUCCGCAGUUAGCGUCCGCACAGAUCAAGAGAUGGUCCCUUCUGGCAGCAUACAACUACAUGAUUGAGUUUAUUUCUGGAAAAGAAAAUGUCUAUGCGGACUUUCUUUCAAGGAAACCUAUUAACAUACAACCAACUCCGGAGGAACAGGUAGAGGUUCGCGUCAUGUUUAUCGAAGGAGAAAAAAUUGUUAAUUCCACAAUGGUUGCCAUGGUAAAGUACUUGAUUUUACGAAGAAUGGGUGGCCAGAAAAACCACAACCUGAAUUACAAUCUUAUCAUACUAGGCGAUUAGAAUUAUCACAUGACGAUGGAAUUUUGUUAUGGGACACACGAGUUGUAAUUCCAGAAUCAUUACGCGAUAUUCUACUGAAGGAUUUACAUGCCGAACAUUUCGGAAUAGUGAAGAUGAAACAGUUGGCGCGUAAAUACCUAUGGUGGCCUAAGCUCGACGAGGAAAUCGAAGAAAGAGUUAUUAAGGCUUCUACGGCAUGUCAAGAAGAAGCCAAAUCACCAAAUGCAUCUCAACAAGCAUCAUAG